ACAGCUGUCAUGAAGACUGACACUCAGAGGUACGUAAAAUAGAAAGCGAAUCUUGAAGCCUUUUCAAUACUUGUCUCGUGAUGCUUUUGUCUUCCUGGAAUAUGUGGAUUUUAAACUCUAGUGAGCCAUAAUGUGCAUUAUUGAAUGCGUGUGCUCCUCUGUGUUCACCAGCAUCCUGAUCCUGAAAGCACUGAAUCUGGCAGACAAAAACCAGAAGACCCACUCCAAUCCAGAAAGUCAGAAUGGAGCUGUAGUGGGUACAUUUUCACUCAAUGGAGGACUUUUACCAGCGGUGGCUCUUGCUCCUGCUGAGCAGCUGUGGUCCACCAGCAGAGACAAGGCGGUCAGGCUGAGGAUGGAGGGAUCCGGCCCGGCAUCAGAAACCCCCAUCACCAUCCAUCAUAUGUUCCUGGAGACGGUGAAUAGCUUCGGGGAUCACCCGGCUCUGGUGUUCAAAAAAGAGGGACAAUGGGUCACUCUGACCUGGAAACAGUACUAUGAUCAGUGCCGAGCUGCUGCAAAAAGUUUUCUCAAGUUGGGGUUGAAACGUUACCACGGUGUCGGCAUCCUGGGAUUCAAUUCUCCUGAAUGGUUCAUCUCAGACGUUGGCUGCAUCUUGGCUGGGGGCCUGGCAACCGGCAUCUACACAACAAACACGCCUGAAGCUUGCUUGUACGUGGCUGCCAACUCGAAAGCCAAUGUGCUGGUGGUGGAGAACCAGAAACAGCUCGAAAAGAUCCUGCAGGUUAAAGAUCAACUUCCAGAUCUGAAAGCCAUUGUUCAGUAUAAAGGCGAGCUUCAGCAGAAGGCUCCUGAUCUGUACACAUGGGAAGAGUUCAUGAAAGUGGGAGAGGAUGUGUCCGAAGAGCGGCUGAAUGCUGUGAUUGACAGUCUCCGGGCAAAUGAGUGCUGUACCCUCAUCUACACAUCUGGAACAACUGGCAACCCUAAAGGAGUCAUGCUGAGCCAUGACAAUGUGACGUGGACAGCCAAGGCAGCAGGAUCCAUGACACAGAUGAACUAUGCUGAAGAGGUGGUGAUCAGUUACCUGCCACUGAGCCAUGUGGCAGCGCAGAUGAGUGACAUCUGGGUUUGCAUGAAGUAUGCAGGGACCACAUACUUUGCUGAGCCAGAUGCCCUCAAGGGCUCUUUAGGAACAACUCUGAAAGAGGUACGCCCAACCUCUUUCCUGGGAGUGCCUCGUGUGUGGGAGAAGAUGGAGGAGAAGAUGAAAUCUGUUGGGGCUAAAUCAUCCUCACUGAAGAAAAAUAUCGCAAAUUGGGCAAAGUCUAUAGGACUGCAGUACAAUAAUAGUAUGAUGAUUGGGGAGAAUGUGGUGCCUUGGGGCUUCAUGAUGGCCAACAGCCUUGUCUUUAAGAAGGUUCGUGCUGCGCUAGGCUUGGACCGCGCCAAGUUUUGCUUUACAGGCGCUGCACCCAUCACCAAAGACACACUUGAAUACUUCAUGAGUUUGAACAUUCCUCUGAUGGAGGUAUAUGGGAUGAGUGAAAGCUCUGGUCCUCACACUGUCUCAGUGAACAACGAUUACUGCCUCACAAGCUGUGGAAAAGUAAUGAAGGGCUGCAAGACAAAGUUGUCCAAUCCAGAUAAGGAUGGAGUUGGAGAGAUCUGUUUCUGGGGGCGUCACGUUUUUAUGGGCUACCUGGACAUGCCUGACAAAACAGCUGAAGCUGUUGACCAGGAUGGAUGGCUUCACUCUGGAGACUUGGGAAAGCAUGACCAGAAUGAAUUUCUGUUUAUCACAGGGCGAAUCAAAGAGCUGGUUAUCACUGCUGGUGGAGAGAACAUCCCUCCAGUGCCCAUUGAAAAUGCAGUGAAGUCAGAAAUCCCUAUCAUCAGCAACGCCGUGCUGAUUGGUGACAAGCUGAAAUUCCUCUCCAUGCUGCUCACGCUCAAAUGCGUCGUGGAUGACAAUGGUGAGGCCACGGAUGACCUGCACCCCGAGGUGAUCGCUUUCUGCCAGCAGCAUAACAUCACAGCAACCAAAGUGUCUGAAAUAAUCGCCAAAAAGGAGCCAGCUAUGUACAACAGCAUUCAGGAGGGUUUUGAGCGUGUAAAUGCAAAAGCAACAUCCAACGCUCAGAAGGUCCAAAAGUGGAUCAUCCUGGAUCAAGACUUUUCAGUCGCCAGAGGGCAGCUGGGACCCACGCUGAAACUAAGGCGGCCUGUUGUGAUGAAGAUGUACCAGGACAAAAUAAAUGAAAUGUAUGCAGUGGAACGUUCGACACAAGGAUAAAACAAUACAGAAAAAAAAAGAUGGGCAUCAGACCUCUGGGUCCAAAUUAAGGAUUGUCGCUUGAUCAUGUCUUGUAUAUUUAAAGCUACAGUGUGUAGAAUGUAGGGGUGUUUAUUUUCAGAAAUGCAAUAUAGCAUUCAUAACCAUCUGUUACUUACAACAAUGUAUCAAAGUGCUUUCAUAAGCUUAAAAUGAACCCUUCAUAUCUGCAUGAGACCAGGCACCAUCAUGGAGGCCUCCAUGUUUAUACAGUCACUCAGUGAUUGCUAUCCUAUGCACUGUCUCCUAGUUGCUAGUACAGGCUAACAGGUUUAAAGCUGCUCACAAUUAUCAUUUUAUUAUUUUUAAUGGAGAAUCAUGCAUAGUGGUUAUCACAAGAGAAAGGAGCAAGCAUGAAUCCUGACCUUGAAAGAAGCGGAAACAUGAAGGGAAACAAUAUUGUGACCAUGCGAUGGCAUAAUGCAAUCUGCGUCCUCACCACUAGAUGACACUAAAUCGGACAUACUGUAGCUUUAAUGUUUAAGUCAUAGUGGAGCA